AUUCAUAUUCUCUUGUCUUUAAAUCCAACUCAAAACUGUGUUCUUCUUGAACAAGAAGGCAACUCAGUGUCAAAGUUCUCUUUGGAUCUAUGGACUCGGUAUCUUCUCCAGUUGAGAUGUUUUUCUUCCCCUUCGUGGGAGGUGGCCAUCAAAUCCCCAUGAUCGACAUGGCCAGGAUGUUUGCAGCUCAUGGUGCCAAAUCCACCAUCAUUUCGACUCAUAAGCACGCUCUCUCCUUUCGAGAAUCCAUCCUUCGAGACCAAAAAUCGGGUCAUUCGAUCUUCAUCACAAUCCUCUCGUUACCGGACGACGCGGACUUAUCCGACACUGACAUGUCCGCGACUCCCGUGACCGAUACUUCCAUGCUCGAAGUACCAUUAAAGAAGUUGUUACUUCAACGCAAACCGGAUUGCAUAGUCCACGACAUGUUCCAUCGUUGGGCUGCAGAUGCUAUUGACAACCUUGAAUUGGAUAUCCCAAGAAUUGUGUUCAAUGGAAACGGCUGCUUUGCUAGCUGCGUUCGAGAUAAUAUAUCGAAGUUCAAGCCUCACGAGACGGUCAAUUCGAGAUAUGAACCUUUCGUCGUGCCUGGUCUCGCCGAUCGGAUCGAAUUGACUCGAUCUCAGCUUCCGGCAUUUCAAUUUGUAGCAGAUGGUAUGCAAAAAUCAAAGGAGAAUUGCUAUGGGGUUGUGGUUAAUAGCUUCUACGAACUGGAACCAGCUUAUGUAGAACAGUUCAAGAAACAGAACAAAGCGUGGAUCGUAGGGCCUGUAUCGUUGUGCAACAGGAACAUCUCUGAUAAAGCCGAGAGAGGCAAAAAGGCCGCCAUUGAUGAACAAAGCAUCCUCAACUGGCUUGAUUCUAAAGCACCCAAUUCGGUUCUUUUUAUCAGCUUCGGAAGCGCUGCUCGUUUAGCUCAAGAACAAAUCCUCGAAAUCGCUUAUGGCCUACAAGCUUCGAACCAACCAUUUAUCUGGGUAAUUCGAGACGUGUUCAAAGGUGAAAGAACUGAUUUUUUUAGUAGAUUUGAAGAGAAGAUGAAGGAAUCGAAACAAGGUCUGAUAAUCAAUGGUUGGGCACCGCAGUUGUUGAUCCUAGAACAUGGGUCGGUGGGUGGUUUCAUGACGCAUUGUGGGUGGAAUUCGACUUUAGAAGGCGUGAGUUGCGGCGUGCCGAUGAUCACAUGGCCCAUAUCGGCGGAGCAGUUCUAUAACGAGAAGCUGGUCACCGAUGUGUUGAAGAUUGGUGUUCGAGUGGGGACCUUGGAUUGGCUUUCGUGGAACAUGGAGCCUCGGGCAUCUGUGGGGAGAGACGCGGUGGAGGCGGCGGUGAAGCGGCUGUUGGGUGGCGGAGAAGAGGGCGUGGAGAUGAGAAAUAAAGCGAGACUGAUGGGAGAAAUGGCUAAGAAAGCCGUGGAAGGCGGUGGAUCAUCGUAUAACAAUGCCGUUGCCUUGAUUAAAGAGCUCAGGGAUCGACGAAGAAUAGACGAUAUUAAAUAUGCAGCCUGAACAAUAUCAACUAUACUUCUUACCCUUCUUUUGUCAUCUUUUAUGAAUUAAUUUUUCAUGAUGAGGAGCAGAGAAGAGUUACAAGGCAAGUUCAAGAAGUACGUAUCAAGGCCGAGGAGCAAA